AUGGGUUGGACAAACAAGUUGACACUAGGCUCAGAAAGGAACCGCGAAAGAUGUCCAGAGCCUGGGGUUAAAGAUGCUUGGACAUACGUAUCAGGAUAUUUUGAGAACUCGCAAGAUAGUGUCUUCGGUGUUGUUAUCCGCUCCGACUUUGAGAGUCGGCUCCGUGUUCAUUUCCAGGAUCCUAACAGGCCAGAUGAAGAUGUCGCCUGGUAUGCUUUGAGAAAUGCGGUGUACGCAGUAGGCUGUCGAGCCGCAGCAUCAAUGGACCGGACUAGAGAAUUCGCAGAAAUCCAGUCAGAGUCCAUGCGAUUCUUUCACAAUGCCUUUUCCGUUUUAUCAGAGCUUCUAUUUAUGCCCGGUGGUUUGAUAGCCAUACAGGCGCUGAUCGUGAUGACUUCUUUCGCCGAGCUUUUAGGAAGUCCGUCCGUUGAGUACAUGCUAUGCGCUUCCGCAACUCGGCUUGCACAGUCAAAGGGUCUUCACCGAGAGCCAUCAAGGGCAUGGAAUCUUCCAAGAUCAGAGACACUACAUAGGAAAUGUGUCUUUUGGGCCGCAUAUUGCUACGACAAGAAUAUUGCGCUAAGGUCGGGCCGACCAUCGGCUUUAGAUGAUGAUGAGAUAAGCUGUGAGAUGCCCAAGGAGAUUCCUGAUGGAAGCACAUUGGACAUUGCAGUGAUGACCGCUGCCAUUGAGCAUGCCCGAAUCUGUGCCAAGAUAAGUAAGCGUCUUUUAUCAGUCCAGGCGUUCAACGAGUCGCCAACUUCGCUCUCUGAGACCAUCGAUCAGCUAGAGGAGGAACUACGACUGUGGCGAAAUUCUCUCCCGAACAAUCUUACUUUCCCAAAGCAAAAUGAUCACCGGCUGUCUAAUAACUCUUACCAACUGAAAGCAAACAUAUUACGGCUACACUGUUCUUACUGGAGCAGCAUCAUUACUCUACACGCAAUCUUUCAUUAUCCUUGGAUAUGCUCCGCGGUUACUCAUCAAAAGCCUUUCUUUGAAGAUAGAAUUUUCAAAAGCUCGGCUCGGUCGGCAGAAGCUUCACGACAAAUCUUAUCUACUCUGAGAGACUUCUGGCUCGACGCGUCCUUUUCAUCACCGUGA